AUGACAAUGAGGUUCUUCAUCGUCGUGGCAUGCGCCUUGGCCUUGACCACAUCUCUUGCCCUCCCCGUUUCCUCUGUGGAAUCCGACGAGCGCUCGACAGCAGCAGCAACACCGCCUUUAUUGUCCCGGGGGAUCGACUCCUUGUUCCCGCAGUACCAUCCGAGAGGCUCGAUGACCUGCGACAAUGUCCCUCGGGUUUGUCGCGCCAGCGGCAGCCCCGGCCCCGACUGCUGCAGGAAACAGUGCGUGAACGUGAUGACCGACAACCAGAACUGCGGGCAGUGCGGGAAGAAGUGCUGGUUCGGCCAAGCGUGCUGCGGCGGCAGCUGCGUCAACGUGAUGUAUGACCCCAAGAACUGCGGUGGCUGCAACAAGAGGUGCACGAAGGGUUGCUUCUGCCAGUUCGGGAUGUGUAGCUAUGCUUAG